AUAGCAGCCCAUCAGAUGGCAAUUAUAUUUUUGGCUCCAAAAAUAUCAUAUAUAUGCGCCGACACAAAGUUACCUACAUGCCCGUGUUCAAACCCGGUGUACGACAGAUCUAUAUUCAAGAAUACGAUGAUAAUGGAAUGGAAUUUAAUAUGUGAUAAGAAAUUUCACCACAGCUGGACGCAAACUAUGUUUCAAUUUGGUACCCUUGUUGGCAGUAUAAUAUUUGGGAUGGCAUCUGAUCGAUUCGGAAGAAAGAAGCCUUUAUCUGUAGCUGUAGUGAUUCAGGUGUUGUGUGGCUAUAUAGCUGCAUUUAUUAAUGACUUUUAUUUAUUUACAUUUUUUCGAUUCCUUAUUGGGACAUCUGUCGGUGGAACGAUGGUGAUAACAUUUGUCAUAGUCAUGGAGUUUGUCGGUGUUCAAUAUCGGGACGUUAUAUCUGCCCUUUACCAAGUGCCCUUCGCUUUGGGUUAUUUGUUGCUUCCAGGCAUCGCUUAUUUUACAAGAGAUUACAUACACUUUCAACUUGCGAUAGCAGUUCCAACAACGAUCUUGUUGUGCUACAUCUGUUUAGCACCUGAAACUCCUCGCUGGUUGAUAGCCAUGAAGAAGACGGACAAGGCCAUUAAAUUAUUGGAACACGUCGCAAAAAUAAACCACCGUCAAACCGAGAGAAUUCGCGCCGAUGUAGAUGCUUACCAGGCAGAAGUAGAAAAACAUAACCUGAAAAAGGGAACCCUCAUUGAUCUCUUUAGAACACCGAACCUUAGGAAGAACAUAUUAACAAUGUCAUUGGAUUGGUUUAGUUGCAGUUAUUGUUUUUAUGGCGUUUCACAAUACGUAGGACAAUUGAGCGGUGACGUUUUCUUAAAUGUCGCCUGUAGUGCUUUCGUAGCGCUCCUGGGUACAUUAGCAUCCAUACCAAUGCUGAAAUUGUUUGGACGGAGGACAAUAGUGAUAAUUUUUAAUUUCGUGUGUGCUGUAUGUCUGUUUAUAUUGGCUAUGAUACCAGAAGGGGUUGGUUCUUUGGUGUGCGCGAGUGUGGGCGUGGUGAGCGGGCUUAUAGUGUUUGUUGUGGUGUACUUGUAUUGUACGGAGUUGUUUCCGACAGUGGUGCGGAACGCGGCCCUUGGGUUCUCGUCCAUGAUGGCUCGAGUGGGCGCCAUGAUUGCGCCCUUUGUGGUGGAGCUGCAGGACAUCGCGUCGUGGGUGCCCCCCAUAGUAUUCGGUGUGGUGCCGCUUGUAGCAGGAUGCGUGACCUUCCUGCUCCCUGAAACGAAAGGCUGUCAAUUGUCGACGACCUUAGAAGAGGGUGAAGCGUUCGGUAAAAAAAUAACACAACAACCAGCUCCAGACAUUUGA